ACGCUCAGUUCGUAUCAAUAUGAAGGUAUUUAUCACUAUUCUCGCUUUGGCUAUUGCCUCCGCUUCUGGCGCUGCGUUGCCCGGUGCUGCAGAGAAGGCUAUCAACAUAAAGGAUAUCUCUGGCCGCAUUACAAACGGAUAUCCAGCCUACGAGGGCAAAGCCCCCUACACUGUUGGUCUUGGUUUCAGCGGCGGCUGGUGGUGCGGUGGCUCCAUCAUAGGCCACACCUGGGUGCUGACUGCCGAACACUGCACAGGUAGUGAUGUGACAGUAUACUUUGGUGCCACCUGGCGAACUAACGCCCAGUUCACCCACUGGGUCAGCCGCAACGACAUCAUCAACCAC